GAAGGAACACAACAAGUGAACCAACAAGACCGUCUCCUUUACCUGCCAUGGGAUUCUAACUCACCUCCUUUCUGCUCACUCUGUAUAGGCUACCUGUUAGAGGAUCUCUAAAGAGCCAGGAUGAAGGUCAUGGAAACUGUUUCAGUCUUUCUGCUGGUUCUGGUCACCUCAGCUCACGGGAUACAGAGAGCGCCUCGCAUCAUCAGCUUGUUAGAGACAUUGGAUGUACUGCUGGAUCACAAUGCCACCUUCAUCUGUGAGGUGGAGUCCCGUCCUCCUGCUGACAUCAGUUGGACCAAGAAUAACCACCCAAUCAUGUACUAUGACACCCGGUACAUUACCAGGGAGCAGGGUCAGAUGCUAAUCAUCCCUCACGUGAGAGAGACGGACAAUGGAGAGUACUGCUGUCUCGCCACUAACGGCAUCGGAGAGCCAGCCAAGAGCUGUGGGGCUCUGCAGCUCAAGAUGAAGCCACAGAUCAAACGCCAUCCUACCAACUUAACCCUUCUGGUGGAAUCCAAGGCAGUGCUGCCCUGUGUUACCCUCGGCAACCCAAAACCGGAUGUUAACUGGCUCAAAGAUGACGAGCUAAUCAAAGUCAGUGACCGUGUUACCAUUCUUGACUACGGUGCGUUGAAGAUCCAUCAGAUACAGAAGGAGGAUGCAGGACAGUAUCGCUGUGUGGCCAGGAAUAGCUUUGGGUUGGCCUUUUCAAAGCCUGUUACCAUAGAGGUCCAGGCUCCAGCACGAAUCCUGCGGGUUCCCAAGGAGAAGCGGGUAGCAUACGGCAGCCAGGUUUCCCUGGAGUGUAAUGCCACGGGGAAUCCCAUCCCCACCAUCACCUGGCUGGAAGGCGGGAAUACGAUUUCAGGUGCAUCGGUGGAAGAGACUUUGACGGGCGAGGUGAUCCUGUCCGUCCUUAAAGUGACGGUGAACAAGCCGGCCCUGUACACAUGUCUGGCUUCCAACAGACACAGUGCCGGAGCCAACACCGUCAAGGCAACUGCCAGAGUCACCGUGGCAGAGUGGAGACUCUACAAGGGCGUCGCCGGCUACUGCAGUGCUUAUCGCGGCGACGUGUGCCGAGACGUCCUGCGGGACGACCUGCUGGUGUUCUUUAACUCCUCCCUCUCGGACCCUGAGGACAUGCAGGAGUACCUGGUCCAGAGCUGGUGGGCGGAGCUGGAGGGCCUCAGCGCUCUGUGCAGCCCCGCGGCCCACUCUCUGCUCUGCCACUCCUCCUUCCCCGACUGCAACCCGUCAGGGUCGGGACCGGCACCCAAACCCGUCUGCAGAGAACACUGCCUGGCAGUGAAGGAGCUGUACUGCCACAAGGAAUGGUUGGUGCUCGAGGGCAGCAGUUCAGUCCAGCCUGACUUCUUCAGCCCCAAGUCACUGCUGCCCAACUGCCAGGCCAUGCCAAGUCUUCACGCAGACCCUGAAGCUUGCACACAUGUCCCUUUUGUAGACAUCAAGAAAGAUCAAAUUACGACGACGUGUUUCAGCGACAGAGGCCGUUUCUACCAAGGCGGCGCAAAUGUGACGAGGUCCGGGGUACCAUGUCAGUCGUGGAGCCAACAGGUUCCGCACCAGCACCGCCUGUCUGUUGAGGUGAUUCCAGAGAUGAAGAACUCAGACAACUACUGUAGGAACCCAGGGGGAAUCAGCGACAGGCCCUGGUGUUACACCUUAAAUCCGAACAUCCGCUGGGAGUACUGCGCCGUGCCACGGUGUGGGGAGACAAGCAUAGAAUCAGUGAUGACGCCAGACGCGCCAGGCCCUCGUCAGACCACUGGUCUGCCUUCCAUGGUCACAGCAUCGUCUCCAGCUUACUCCAUGGUCGUCAUCGUCAUCAUCCUGACGGCGAUGGCAGCUGCGGUCUUCCUUAUCAUCAGCAUCCUCGCCUGCCGCAGACAGAGGAGGCAGUGGAGAAACCGGAAGAGGGCGAUGGAGACCCCGACGCUGAGUGCUCUCCCAUCGGAGCUCCUUCUGGAUCGACUCCACCCAAACCCCAUGUACCAGCGGGUUCCCCUGCUGCUGAACUCAAAGCUGCUGGCCCUUGAGUAUCCCCGGAAUAAUAUCCAAUAUGUUAGGGAUAUUGGAGAGGGGGCGUUUGGACGGGUUUUCCAAGCCAGAGCACCGGGCUUGCUGCCGAUGGAGUCUUUCACGAUGGUGGCUGUGAAGAUGCUGAAGGAGGAAGCCUCAGCUGACAUGCAGAACGACUUCCAGCGGGAGGCAGCGUUAAUGGCUCAGUUUGACCACCCGAACAUCGUACGACUCCUAGGCGUGUGUGCGGUGGGCAAACCCAUGUGCCUGAUGUUCGAGUACAUGGCCCACGGCGACCUCAACGAGUUCCUGCGUCGCCGAUCACCCUCCCAGUCGGUGCGCACGCUCAGCCGUGCCAGCCUGUCCGGCCGCAGCUUCUCCUCCGAGCUGGAGGAGGGGCUUCUCUCCUGCACCGAGCAAUUGUUCAUCUCUAAGCAGAUCGCGGCGGGGAUGGCCUACCUGUCGGAGCGCAAGUUUGUGCACCGCGACCUCGCCACCCGGAACUGCCUGGUCGGGGAGGAGAUGGUGGUGAAGAUCGCCGACUUUGGCCUCUCCAGGAACAUCUAUUCGGCUGAUUACUACAAAGCCAACGAGAACGACGCCAUCCCCAUCCGCUGGAUGCCCCCGGAGUCCAUAUUCUACAACCGCUACACCACCGAAUCGGACGUGUGGGCCUACGGCGUGGUGCUGUGGGAGAUCUUCUCCAACGGGAUGCAGCCGUACUACGGCAUGGGUCACGAGGAGGUCAUUUACUACGUGAGGGAUGGUCACAUCCUCGCCAGCCCCGAGAACUGUCCUCUGGAGCUGUAUAAUAUGAUGAGGCUUUGUUGGAGCACACACUCAUCAGACAGGCCCAGCUUCAGCAGCAUACAUCGAAUACUGGAGCGGAUGUAUCAAAACACACUAAGUAUCAGCGCUGAGGCUGACGCUGAGGCAGACUGCUAACCUGGGGGAAAAUAAUGUUUGUUCAUUGACUUACGAAGUGAUUGGGUGACUGGAAACAUAAUUUUAAAUGAACCUUGGCACUUGAGCCCGAGCAUUUUUUCAACACCCAAACAGUAAAAGUCAUUUUAGCCAUUUUUCUUUGUCCAGCUUUUUCCUUUAAGGAUACCCAAACUGGCACAAUUAUCAAAUGUUUUAGUGUCAUAAACACCUCUCAUAUUUGAAUCUAUUUGCAUAUAGCUUUCUUCUCCAAUUCAGGGUACUUAUUUUGAGAAAUAACCCAUUUCUGCUGAGCAUCUAGCAACAUUUAUCCACUCUUUACGAACCCCAGGGACUUAACCUUCGAAGACUCAAAGUCACUAACUUUGCAAGUAUACACAUUUCAGAUACAAAUGCACUCAACCAUAACACUUCAUCCAUUGCAUGUGGAAUUGUUUUCUUCCUCUUCUUCUUCAUCAUUUUGAGCCUGUUACAAAUGGUCUGACUACCAGUCAUUUGGGUUAGAAAGAGAAUGGGACUAGACAGUUAAAACACCUUUGAUGUUAUUGUAACCUCUAGCAAAUUUCCAAAGUGGCACACAAUCACUUUAAACCAUUGAUGUUGAUUGUUUUUUUAUAGACAAGUCGCUAUUCCAUUUUUGGGGCAUUCUCGUUUUACUUGUUUCAUUUUUCUAUGUUGAUGAUCUUUGUCUUUUUUUGUGUGUGCUAAUUUUCCUUUGUUUGACAUAACGAGCACAGUACAGGAGAGAAAAAAAGUUUUUAAAUAAUUUCUUCCAAGUCUCACACAGAAGUUCAGGCGCACACAUUUCCCCUAAUUAUAAUUUGGCAGAAACUCAUUUGCGAAAUUUGUUCCUGUGCCUUAAAAUAGACUCUUUUUGUAAGUGAAGAAUGGGUAAGAUGUAAAUCUUUAAUUGGUCCCCUCAAAGACAAACUCUCUCCUACAGAUCAAACUUUGCUCAUUUCAACUGUGUAUUACAGCCACAUUUUUUACACAAUUUCAGUAUAACCAACAUAUCUUGUCUACCUUGUCAUGUGGCUGUUUAAAGUUUCCUUUUGAUUUAUUUAAUACUGUCCGAUGAAAGAAAAUGUUUAUCAACUGGUAAAAUGCCUUUCAGAUGAAUGAAUUUCUUUUUAAAUGUGGUGUGAUGUUACAUUUUCUUGUUUUGUGUUACAUGACAUGAUGCAGGUUUGUACACUAUGACAUUUCUUUGUAUUGCUCGCAAAUAAACAUA